AUGCCCUCAACCAGCUUAUGCCAAGAGGAGGCAUGUCUUCCAUACAGCCUGAUGGACGACUACAGCGAAGGAGCUCACCCCCAAAUCCUAGAAGCUCUCCUACGAACGAAUUCCACACAACAAGCCACCUACGGAACAGAUGAAUACAGUGACAAUGCGAGACAAUUGAUCCGAAACAAGAUCGGCUGUGCCGAGGACGAAGCCGAUAUCUUUUUUGUUCCCAGUGGCACAUCCGCAAACCUCAUUUCAAUCGCCAGCUGCUUAAGACCAUACGAGGCUGUUAUUACUCUCGAGUCGGGACAUAUUGCCUGCAAAGAAGCCGGUGCAAUUGAGGCAACCGGACACAAGCUUAUCCUUGUUCCUGCCGUCGAUGGCAAGAUGACACCCACGAAUCUCCAGAAAGCCAUUCAGCAAAAUCAAUUCUUCCCUCAUAUGGCCAAGCCUCGCCUUCUUUAUAUCUCUAAUGCCUCGGAGACUGGAACCGUUUACACGAAACGCGAGCUUAGCAAUUUGUCGGCUAUUUGCAAGCAGUCAAAUCUCCUGCUUCUCAUGGACGGAGCUCGAAUCGGAACUGCGCUUUGCUCUGUUAAGAAUGAUCUCACGCUCCGCGAUAUCUUCGAGAUGACAGACAUUUUCUGGAUUGGUGGAACCAAAGCUGGUGCGCUGAUGGGGGAGGCAAUCGUCGUCAAGCAGCACCUGGCCGAGGGCUUCGUCUUCCACCUCAAGCAGCAUGGUGCCUUGUUGGCUAAGGGACGCAUUUUGGGAGUUCAGUUCAUGGAGCUGUUCAAGUCAGAUUUAUUCUUCACAUUGGCUACGCAUGCCAACGAGAUGGCUCAGAAGAUUUCCAUCAAUCUUGAGAAGCUUGGAUAUAGGCUUGCUGCGGAUACGGAGACAAAUCAGGUGUUUGUUAUCCUUCCCCAGGAAUUAGUUCGGAGACUGCAGGACAGAUUCCGUUUCUAUACUUGGGAGCAGCUUGAUGAUGGAAAUGCGGUGGUUCGUUUCGUGACCUCUUGGGCGACGGAUGAGCUGCAGAUAGAUAAGUUCAAUGCGUGGGUGCAGCAGUGGACUGCGGCAGCCAAGUGA